CUCGCAACAUAUCCACGGCACGGUAACCACACCACAACGACAUUCCCAUGCUGCCCCUGCCCCCCGAAGAUUUCGGCGGAAACGAGAAGUUUAGACAAGUGUGGGGGGCCAGGGACGCCUAUCACUCCAACAACAAUACGCUGGAGACGCAUCCGGGAUACAAACUGUGGUUCCCUCAAGAGUCGGCCGAGGAACUGAACAGACUGACGGCGGAUGAGAAGUAUCGCAAGUAUCUCAACUGGCGCGCGCUGUACCUCACAGCCAUCGAGUAUCUCGCCCAAGUCCGCGAGCUGUCGAAAGGGUCCCGGAGCGACCCGUACACCCGCGAACGGACGCACCUGGUGUCCAAGACCCAGCUGAACGAAAGGGUGGAAUGGCAGUUCAUCCACGCCUUCAUCUCGCACCACGUCAAUGACGGAGCCGUCCUCGCGGGGCUUGCGGACGAGCUCGACCGUCUCAGGCGCAAAACGGAGCGCAAGAUCGAGGACCUCGCGUCGGACAGGGGAUACGCACGACACAGUAUCACGUUGCCUGUCCCCCCGUCAUACGAUGCCCGCCAGCAGCUCCUGGAUGAGACGCAGCAGCUUGUGCGAAGACUUGAGCUGCGAGUUGCCGCUCAGAAGGCUAGAUCGCCCGGCCGGCCCAGGGUGACAGACGACCAGGCGAGGCUGUUCGCACUGCGCGAGCGGGCGGACGAGCUCGAGCAAGGACUGGACCUAUGCUUUGGACGACAGUAGCUCCGGGUAUAGAUGCUCGACGAGAAGGUGUGGCUACAGGAUACACGUACUUGGAUGUGAAAGAGCCCUAUUGCUACGGG